AUGGACUACGACCCAGGCCAAGAAGCCGCUGGUGGCUACCCUCGCGCCGAAAGGCUCGCACACAGGGAGGUCGCUCGCGGGCGCUACGAAGGGGUUCGCCUGCGCCACGUCGGUCAGCCGGGGGCGCUCUUGUGGAUUAGCGACCGCAACUGGAGCGACGGCAAUGACAAGCUCUGGAGUAACGGGCGCGCACCUCCCGGCUGUGCCCAGCUCGAAGCCAGGCUUUUGGCCAAGCGCACCCACGAACAGGUAAAUUGCGGAAGCUGCGUGGCGCGCUUGUGCCAGGAGCGCCGAGAGCAGCUGGGGCGAAGGCUGCUCAAGAAGUGCCAGAACGAGAUGAUGCAUGCACAUAUGGGACCCAAACCAGAGCGGGACCGCCAGGCAAAGCGGAAAGCGGCCGCGGAGGAAAGCGCGUGGGAGAAGGACGACAAGUAUGCCAACCCGAGCCUGGUCCAGAUGCAUUCUCCCUUUGGCCAGACUCUCCAGCUCGAUCAGGAGGGAAGCUGCACGUUUCAGAUGAUGGUGCACUGUAUCUCCGAUCACCCGAAAAGUGAGCUUGAGGUCGAGUUUGUCGUUAAGUCCCUUACGGGCCUGGAGACCUAUUCACUUCCCUUGCACCAUGUGAAAGCAAAGCGCGGGGACAAAGAGAAAAAGGCUGGUCGGAAUCGUAAGCGUCGGCGCUUAGACGAGGAACCGUCUGCUGUGGCCGCGCAGGACUCUGCGAGCAGUUCACCGCAGGACAAUCUCAUUCUGUUAGCAAGCCAGACCCCGACAGGUCCACCCCCAAUGGGCGAUAAUCUUGAAGCUGGGUCCAUGCAUCUAUACCAAGAUGGCAGCAACUGCCCCCUAGCCCAUCUUUGCCGAGAGGCGGGACAUACCGGUUCAUCACCCUUUCAUUGGGGCUCAGAAGUUCAAGACCCUGCAGAUAUCACCCCGGACAAUGCUGGAUCUCCUCCUUUCAUUUCAGACAUGACCGACGAUUCUAUGAUGGGCGGGUUCUCUUGCGGCUCAGAUGUACCUCCUCCCACGCAGCUCUCCGCUUCGUCAGGCGCACAAGUGCCCGAGGCCUUCGGCCAUGGUGCCAUGGCACAGCCCGCAUCAGAAGCUGAACAACCUCAACUUUAUAGCUCCGCUUUGGGUUGGUUCAACUUCGAACCAGAAGGUGAUCUCUUGAAAGAGUUAAGCUUGUGCACAUCUCCCUCUCGGUAUUCUGGGUCGUCACUCGAUCUGGAAGGCUCUGAGGAAGACGCUCUCGCUGACUCCGUCCAUGGCUCUGAUAGCGCACAGGUUUCCCUGACCCCUCCGCCCAUUGCAUUGUUUUUUUUUUCGGUUUUCCUCACCCUAAGCCGUGAUGAAUGCACCCAUCCAGGGCUAUCGACCGUAAUCGUCACAAGCCACCACUUCCCGCAACCGUACUAUUGCCAAUCCGCCACCGCCCGGCCCGUCGCGUCGACAUAG